AUGAACCUACUUGGGAAAGAUCAAGCACUGCUCUGGAUUUGGGCAUGGAUUCUCUGUUCUUGCAGCCCAAUUGGAAUUUACGGAAAGUCUCCCACCCAGAAGUCUUCCGCUGAGAAAACUGUUAAAAAAAAUGCAUCACAGAAGUCGUCUAAUGGAAAUCGCAAACCUGGUCCAAUAAAACCAUCCCCAUCUCCAAUACAACAAUUUAAAAGUCACAGUGGACAGGUUUGCAGCACUUGGGGAAAUUAUCACUUCAAAACAUUUGAUGGAGAUACCUACACAUUUCCUGGCACAUGCAAUUAUGUAUUUGCCUCCCACUGCAAAAGCAACAAUGAAGACUUCAACAUUCAGAUCCGACGCACUGUGGUAAAGGGCAUCCCUGUUAUAAACCAAAUAACAGCAAUAUUAAAGGGAGUGGUGUUGGAACUAAAAGAUAAUACUAUAAUGAUGGAUGGGAUCAUGGUGAAAGAGAUUCCUGCUGAAAAGUCUAGGGUUCAUAUUGGCAAACUCGGCCACAACAUCAAGAUCAAAGUAUCCAGUGAUAUUUCUCUGCUAUGGAACGGAAAAGACAGUCUGCUGCUGAAACUGAACCGUAAAAAAUAUGCAAAGCAAACCUGUGGACUGUGUGGUGAUUUUAGUGGUGUCAGUGGAUUCAAAUUAGAUGGUAAACCGCUCUCUCCAGUGCAAUAUGGAAAUUUACAAAAAAUUAGUGGUCCUACUGAAGAGUGUCUAGAUGUGCCCGAUUUCACUCCGAAAUAUUGCAAAGAUAAGGGUGAAAUAUGUAAGAAUAUUCUGACCUCUGCCGCCUUCUCCAAUUGUAACACCAUUCUAAAACCUAUGGAUUACAUAGAUAUGUGUGUGCAGGACCUCUGUCAGUGUGAUGCGAAGGACAAAAUGCGCUGCCUGUGUGGUGCGUUUACUGAGUAUUCACGGCAGUGCACUCACGCUGGUGGAGUCCCUGGGAGCUGGAGAACCCCAAAAAUGUGCCCUCUGUCAUGCCCCCCUAAUAUGGUAUACCAAGAAAGUGGCUCCCCUUGCCCCAAUACAUGUUCCAAUACAGAGAGAACUGAGGUUUGUGAAGACCAUGGCACUGAUGGCUGCUUUUGUACUCCGGGAACUGUGCUUGACGACAUAAAUAACAAAGGCUGUAUCCUCCAAGAGGAUUGUUACUGUGUCUAUAACAGUGAGACUUACUCACCAGGAUCGUCUUACAGUAAUCCAUGCCGAGAAUGUACUUGUGCCAGCGGAAAAUGGAAGUGUAAAGAGUUUCCUUGCACAGGAACCUGUUCAGUUGAAGGUGGAUCACAUAUUUUAAGCUUUGAUGGAUUCCGUUACAGUUUUAAUGGGGAUUGCAGCUAUGUACUCGUUAAGCAUGAUGAUUUCACUAUACUUGCCGAUCUACGCAAAUGCGGCGGAUUCUCUAACAAAAGAUCCUGCCUGAGAAAUGUGGUUUUGGCCUUACAAAACGGGACAACUGUGCUUGCCAUCAGAGAGAAUGGUGCCAUUUUCCUCAACUGGAUACAAAUUCACCUGCCCAUCUCAAUUGCAAAAAUUACAGCCUUUUGGUCUACAUCUUUCUACGUAAACAUACACACAGAAUUUGAUGUCGAAGUACAAGUCCAGUUGACACCAACUAUGCAUGUGUAUGUCACUGUUGGUCCAUCCUAUCAUGGUCAGACUGUCGGAUUGUGUGGAAACUUCAACAACAUCCAGAGCGAUGAUUUUAAGGUUACUAGUGGGAUCUCUGAAGGGACCGCUGCCUCAUUCGCUAAUUCAUGGAAGAGUAACAGCAACUGUCCCAAUAUCAAGAACAGUUACGAGGACCCAUGUUCUGUGAAUCUGGAGAAGGAAAAAUAUGCACAGCAUUGGUGUGGUCUGCUCACAUCUCCGUCUGGACCCUUCUCCCCUUGCCACUCUAUAGAAAAUCCACUGGCAUUUCAUGCGAAAUGCCUUUCAGACACAUGUAGCUGUAAAGACAGCGAGGAAUGCAUGUGUGCAGCUCUGGGUUCAUAUGCCUAUGCAUGUGCCAAGAAAAGUGUCACCCUCUUUGGAUGGAGAGACAAUGUCUGUGAAAAGUACACCAAAUCUUGCAAAGAUUCCCAGGUAUACCAGUAUAAUGUAACACGGUGUCAGCCCACCUGCCGAUCUCGCAGUAAUGAUGACACAACAUUCAACUAUGAAUUUUCUCCGGUGGAUGGCUGUGUGUGCAGAGAAGGAACAUAUCUGAAUGACAAUGGAGAUUGUGUAGAUUCAAGUUCAUGCCCAUGUUACUACCAAGGCAAUGCCAUGCAAUCUGGAGAAAUGGCUGAAGAGGAUGGAAUUGCGUGCACCUGUGAAAGAGGCCAUCUGACCUGUGUGGGAGCAGUCAUUAAAGAACCAGUUUGCCCAGACCCACUGGCUUAUUUUAAUUGUUCCGGAGCUCAAAAAGGAACCAAGGGGGUGGAGUGUCAGAAGAGCUGUCAUACAUUAGACAUGGACUGCUUUAGCUCUCAGUGUAUAUCAGGUUGUAUGUGCCCUCCUGGCCUGGUUUCUGAUGGGGAAGGAGGUUGCAUCGGUAAGGAGCAGUGCCCAUGUAUACAUAAUGAAGCUACAUAUAAACCAGGAGACACCAUCUUGAUUGGUUGUAACACAUGCACCUGUAAGAACAGAUUAUGGCAGUGCACUCAUAAACCUUGCCUUGGAACGUGUUCCGUUUAUGGGGAUGGUCAUUACAUCACUUUUGAUGGCAAGCAAUUUACCUUUAGUGGGAGCUGUGAAUAUAUAUUAGCCCAGGAUAAUUGUGGUGAGAAUGGAGGUCAAAGCUCUUUCAAAGUUAUCACUGAGAAUGUGCCCUGUGGAAUGACUAACGUCACAUGUUCAAAAUACCUCAAGUUAUUUAUUGCAGGUGAAGAGCUUCUUCUUGACAAUGAAAAGAUUGAAGUGAUGAAGAGAGAUGAAAACAAUACAAUUCCUUAUCAUGUUAUACACAGAGGCAUAUAUAUGGUGAUAAAAACUGAUAAUGGGUGCAUCCUCAUGUGGGACAAGAAGACAACAAUGCACAUCAAGCUUGCUCCUCAUUUCCAGGGUAAAGUCUGUGGCAUUUGUGGUAACUAUGAUGGAAAUGCAAACAAUGAUUUAACUACAAGAAGUCAAUCCGUGGUGGAGAACCUAAUAGAGUUUGGUAACAGCUGGAAAACUGACCCUAACUGUCCAAAUGUGCAUGUUGUCAAUGAUCCAUGUUCUAUCAACCCAUACAGAAAAGCUUGGGCACUGAGGCAGUGUGGAAUCAUUACCAGUGAAGUCUUUAAAUAUUGCCACCCUCAGGUUGAUCCUAUGACAUAUUAUGAGUCUUGCAUUAGUGACUCAUGUGCCUGUGAUACCGGUGGGGAUUGUGAAUGCUUUUGUACUACUGUUGCAUUAUAUGCCCAGGCCUGCAGUGAAAAAGGAUUAUGUAUAAACUGGAGGACACCAACUAUAUGUCCCGUGUUUUGCGAUUACUAUAAUGAUGCUGGAGACUGCGAAUGGCAUUAUAAAGCCUGUGGAGAUAAAUGUAUGAAGACUUGCAGAAACCCAGAAGGAGAGUGCCUACAUGAACUUUCAGGCUGUGAAGGCUGCUACCCUAAAUGCCCACCAUCUAGACCCUAUUUUGAUGAAGAUAACAUGAAGUGCGUGGCUCAGUGUGGCUGUGUUGACAAUGGCAUCUUUUAUAAUUAUGGAGAUAAACUACAACGCAGCUGUUAUUCUUGUGUUUGUGCUAAGGAUAGGAUCAGAUGUGAUUAUAAUAUUACAGCCUGUCAGUGCAUUUAUGAAAACAAUACAUAUUACUAUGAGGAUGCAAUUCCUUACUCUAAUGCAGAAGAUGGUAAAUGCAGCCAAAGGAAAUGUGGUGAAGAUGGAAAAAUUGUUACAAUAGCUUUCAAUAACUGCACAGCAGAACCAUCACCGGUCCCGGUACUCCCACAAGAAUACAACCUGACAACCACAAUGACUACAAUAAAACAUACAACUGGAAGAAUGUCUACAGAACAAUUCACUUCAAGGAAAUAUUAUAAUACUUCAGCAUCUACACAUUCCACAACUACUUCUACUAAAUCUACACUGUUGCAUACUCCAUCAACAACACCUAUUAAAUCAACUGGUUAUUCUUCCAGCCCUUCGAAAACAGAGUCAAUAACAACAAGUACAACAACGGUCUUAAAAACUACAUCAGGCCCAUCUACACAUUCCACAACUACUUCUACUAAAUUUACAGUGUUGUAUACUCCAUCAACACCUAAAAAAUCAACUAGUCAUUCUCCCAGCCCUUCGACAAAAGAGUCAAUAAUAUCAAGUACAACAACAGUCCUGAAAACUAAACCAAGCCCAUCUACACAUCCCACAACUACUUCUACUAAAUCUACACUGUUGUAUACUCCAACAACUAAAAAAUCAACUAGUCAUUCUCCCAGCCCUUCGACAACAGAGUCAAUAACCUCAAGUACAACAGUUUUGAAAACUACAUCAGGCCUAUCUACACAUUCCACAACUACAUCUACUAAAUCUACACAUACUCCAUCAACACCUAAAAAAUCAACUAGUCAAUCUCCCAGCCCUUCAACAACAGAGUCAAUAACCCCAAGAACAACAACAGUCUUGAAAACUACAUCAGGCCCAUCUACACAUUCCACAACUACGUCUACUAAAUCUACACAUACUCCAUCAACACCUAAAAAAUCAACUAGUCAUUCUCCCAGCCCUUCAACAACAGAGUCAAUAACCCCAAGAGCAACAACAGUCUUGAAAACUAAACCAAGCCCAUCUACACAUCCCACAACUACUUCUACUAAAUCUACACUGUUGUAUACUCCAACAACUAAAAAAUCAACUAGUCAUUCUCCCAGUCCUUCGACAACAAAGUCAAUAACCUCAAGUACAACAGUCUUGAAAACUACAUCAGGCCCAUCUACACAUUCGACAACUACGUCUACUAAAUCUACACCAUCAACACCUAAAAAAUCAACUAGUCAUUCUCCCAGCCCUUCAACAACAGAGUCAAUAACCCCAAGAACAACAACAGUCUUGAAAACUAAACCAAGCCCAUCUACACAUCCCACAACUACUUCUACUAAAUCUACACUGUUGUAUACUCCAACAACUAAAAAAUUAACUAGUCAUUCUCCCAGCCCUUCGACAACAGAGUCAAUAACCUCAAGUACAACAGUCUUGAAAACUACAUCAGGCCCAUCUACACAUUCCACAACUACAUCUACUAAAUCUACAAAUACUCCAUCAACACCUAAAAAAUCAACUAGUCAUUCUCCCAGCCCUUCAACAGCAGAGUCAAUAAUCCCAAGAACAACAAUAGUCUUGACAACUAAACCAAGCCCAUCUACACAUCCCACAACUACUUCUACUAAAUCUACACUGUUGUAUACUCCAACAACUAAAAAAUCAACUAGUCAUUCUCCCAACCCUUCGACAACAGAGUCAAUAAUCUCAAGUACAACAGUCUUGAAAACUACAUCAGGCCCAUCUACACAUUCAACAACUACGUCUACUAAAUAUACACAUACUCCAUCAACACCUAAAAAAUCAACUAGUCAUUCUCCCAGCCCUUCAACAACAGAGUCAAUAACCCCAAGAACAACAACAGUCUUGACAACUAAACCAAGCCCGUCUACACAUCCCACAACUACUUCUACUAAAUCUACACUGUUGUAUACUCCAACAACUAAAAAAUCAACUAGUCAUUCUCCCAGCCCUUCGACAACAGAGUCAAUAACCUCAAGUACAACAGUCUUGAAAACUACAUCAGGCCCAUCUACACAUUCCACAACUACAUCUACUAAAUCUACACAUACUCCAUCAACACCUAAAAAAUCAACUAGUCAUUCUCCCAGCCCUUCAACAACAGAGUCAAUAACCCCAAGAACAACAAUAGUCUUGACAACUAAACCAAGCCCAUCUACACAUCCCACAACUACUUCUACUAAAUCUACACUGUUGUAUACUCCAACAACUAAAAAAUCAACUAGUCAUUCUCCCAACCCUUCGACAACAGAGUCAAUAAUCUCAAGUACAACAGUCUUGAAAACUACAUCAGGCCCAUCUACACAUUCCACAACUACGUCUACUAAAUAUACACAUACUCCAUCAACACCUAAAAAAUCAACUAGUCAUUCUCCCAGCCCUUCAACAACAGAGUCAAUAACCCCAAGAACAACAACAGUCUUGACAACUAAACCAAGCCCAUCUACACAUCCCACAACUACUUCUACUAAAUCUACACUGUUGUAUACUCCAACAACUAAAAAAUCAACUAGUCAUUCUCCCAGCCCUUCGACAACAGAGUCAAUAACCUCAAGUACAACAGUCUUGAAAACUACAUCAGGCCCAUCUACACAUUCCACAACUACAUCUACUAAAUCUACAAAUACUCCAUCAACACCUAAAAAAUCAACUAGUCAUUCUCCUAGCCCUUCAACAACAGAGUCAAUAACCCCAAGAACAACAACAGUCUUGAAAACUACAUCAGGCCCAUCUACACAUUCCACAACUACAUCUACUAAAUCUACACAUACUCCAUCAACACCUAAAAAAUCAACUAGUCAUUCUCCCAGCCCUACAACAACAGAGUCAAUAACCCCAAGAACAACAAUAGUCUUGACAACUAAACCAAGCCCAUCUACACAUCCCACAACUACUUCUACUAAAUCUACACUGUUGUAUACUCCAACAACUAAAAAAUCAACUAGUCAUUCUCCCAACCCUUCGACAACAGAGUCAAUAAUCUCAAGUACAACAGUCUUGAAAACUACAUCAGGUCCAUCUACACAUUCCACAACUACGUCUACUAAAUAUACACAUACUCCAUCAACACCUAAAAAAUCAACUAGUCAUUCUCCCAGCCCUUCAACAACAGAGUCAAUAAUCCCAAGAACAACAACAGUGUUGACAACUAAACCAAGCCCAUCUACACAUCCCACAACUACUUCUACUAAAUCUACACUGUUGUAUACUCCAACAACUAAAAAAUCAACUAGUCAUUCUCCCAGCCCUUCGACAACAGAGUCAAUAACCUCAAGUACAACAGUCUUGAAAACUACAUCAGGCCCAUCUACACAUUCGACAACUACGUCUACUAAAUCUAUACAUACUCCAUCAACACCUAAAAAAUCAACUAGUCAUUCUCCCAGCCCUUCGACAAUAGAGUCAAUAACCUCAAGUACAACAGUCUUGAAAACUACAUCAGGCCCAUCUACACAUUCCACAACUACAUCUACUAAAUCUACACAUACUCCAUCAACACCUAAAAAAUCAACUAGUCAUUCUCCCAGCCCUUCAACAACAGAGUCAAUAACCCCAAGAGCAACAACAGUCUUGAAAACUAAACCAAGCCCAUCUACACAUCCCACAACUACUUCUACUAAAUCUACACUGUUGUAUACUCCAACAACUAAAAAAUCAACUAGUCAUUCUCCCAGCCCUUCGACAACAGAGUCAAUAACCUCAAGUACAACAGUCUUGAAAACUACAUCAGGCCCAUCUACACAUUCCACAACUACGUCUACUAAAUCUACACAUACUCCAUCAACACCUAAAAAAUCAACUAGUCAUUCUCCCAGCCCUUCAACAACAGAGUCAAUAACCCCAAGAACAACAACAGUCUUGAAAACUACAUCAGGCCCAUCUACACAUUCUACAACUACAUCUACUAAAUCUACACAUACUCCAUCAACACCGAAAAAAUCAACUAGUCGUUCUCCCAGCCCUUCAACAACAGAGUCAAUAACCCCAAGAACAACAACAAUCUUGAAAACUAAACCAAGCCCAUCUACACAUCCCACAACUACUUCUACUAAAUCUACACUGUUGUAUACUCCAACAACUAAAAAAUCAACUAGUCAUUCUCCCAGCCCUUCGACAACAGAGUCAAUAACCUCAAGUACAACAGUCUUGAAAACUACAUCAGGCCCAUCUACACAUUCCACAACUACGUCUACUAAAUCUACACAUACUCCAUCAACACCUAAAAAAUCAACUAGUCAUUCUCCCAGCCCUUCAACAACAGAGUCAAUAACCCCAAGAACAACAACAGUCUUGAAAACUACAACAGGCCCAUCUACACAUUCCACAACUACAUCUACCAAAUCUACACAUACUCCAUCAACACCUAAAAAAUCAACUAGUCAUUCUCCCAGCCCUUCAACAACAGAGUCAAUAUUGCUAAGUACAACAAAAGUCUGGAAAACAACACCAGGCCAAUCUCCAAAGCCCAUAACUGCUUCUACUAAAUCUAUACUGUUUUAUACUCCAACAACUAAAGAAUCAACUAGUCAUUCUCCCAGCCCUUCAACAACAGAGUCAAUAACCCCAAGAACAACAACAGUCUUGAAAACUACAACAGGCCCAUCUACACAUUCCACAACUACAUCUACUAAAUCUACACAUACUCCAUCAACACCUAAAACAUCAACUAGUCAUUCUCCCAGCCCUUCAACAACAAAGUCAAUAACCCCAAGAACAACAACAGUCUUGAAAACUACAUCAGGCCCAUCUACAUAUUCCACAACUAAGUCUACUAAAUCUACACAUACUCCAUCAACACCUAAAAAAUCAACUAGUUAUUCUCCCAGCCCUUCAACAACAGAGUCAAUAACCCCAAGAACAACAACAGUCUUGAAAACUACAACAGGCCCAUCUACACAUUCCACAACUACAUCUACUAAAUCUACAUAUACUCCAUCAACACCUAAAAAAUCAACUAGUCAUUCUUCCAGCCCUUCAACAACAGAGUCAAUAACCCCAAGAACAACAACAGUCUUGAAAACUACAACAGGCCCAUCUACACAUUCCACAACUACAUCUACUAAAUCUUCACAUACUCCAUCAACACCUAAAAAAUCAACUAGUCAUUCUCCCAGCCCUUCAACAACAGAGUCAAUAACCCCAAGAACAACAACAGUCUUGAAAACUACAUCAGGCCCAUCUACACAUUCCACAACUGUGUCUACUAAAUCUACACAUACUCCAUCAACACCAAAAACAUCAACUAGUCAUUCUCCCAGCCCUUCAACAAAAGAGUCAAUAACCCCAAGAACAACAACAGUCUUGCAAACUACAUCAGGCCCAUCUACACAUCCCACAACUACUUCUACUAAAUCUACACUGUUAUCUACUCCAACAUCUAAAAAAUCAGCUAGUCAUUCUCCCAUGCCUUCAACAACAGAAUUAAUAACACUAAGUACCACAACUGUCUUAGAACAUACUACAGGUCCAUCUACACAUUUUACUAUUUUUACCAAACCUGAAAUGUCUUAUACUUCACCAAAAACACUAUCUACUAGCCCUACUGUUCAAUGCCACUGGACAGACUGGUUUGAUAUGAACCAUCCAACAUCUGAUAAUGAUGGUGGAGAUGAAGAGAACUAUGAAAUUGCAAAAAAUAGAGGAUUUUAUGUUUGCAGUAAUAAAACCUUUAUCAAAGACAUUAAAUGUAGGGCUAGCUCAUAUCCUGACAUUUCCAUCGAAAACCUUCCUCAAAAAGUCACCUGCAAUAUUGAAACGGGUCUGCUGUGCAGAAACCAAGAUAAUCCUGGUCCACUUAAUAUGUGCUUGAAUUAUGAAGCAAAAUUCUGUUGUGGAGAAAUCAUAACAACUACAUCAACUUCCCCAAGAUCAACAUCUGCCCUUACUUUCAGCAUUUCAACAACAGUAUCAACAGAAAGGCCUCAUUUCUGUGUUUAUAAAGGCUACAGAUAUAAGGUGGGAUCCUCUGUUCCCAAAAACCCAGAAAGCUGUGAAGAAUGUCAGUGCACACAAGAAAAGAAUAUUGCAAAAGUAACAUGCAAAAUAAAAGCGUGCCAGACUAACUGCUCGCUGGGUUUUACAUACAAACCGGAACCUACAAAGUGUUGUGGAAAAUGUGUACGGAAUACAUGUGUCCUUGAAGCCGCUGAGAUAAUAAAGGGCUAUUCAAUUGGAGAUUCAGUAGAACAGUGUUGUCACAGUUGUUCCCAGGAUGUUUGCGCCAUAAAUAACACUGUGUUGAUCAAGCCUGGAAAACAUUGGAACCCGCCUGGUGAUAAGUGCACAUUUUAUGACUGUGACGCAAACAAACUAACAGUCAUAAGAAGAGUGAUGUCUUGUCCAGUGCAAAAAAAUCUAACGUGUCCAGAGGGUAUUAUGGUUAACUUUACAAGCGCAGAUGGAUGCUGCACAAUGCAAUACUGUGAACCACGAAAGUGUGAUGUAAUGAAAUCAUGGGAGGUUAUCAAAAGUAAUGGGUGCACUGCCAAUGUGAUGUUAACAAACUGUGGAGGUUACUGCAGCUCUAUGUCCAGACACCCCAGUUUUCCUAAGAUGGUUAAACAUGACUGCACCUGCUGCCAGCCGAUAAAUACCACAAUGAAGAAAGUUCAAUUGCUAUGUGAAACUGGAAGGAAAAUAGCAUACAAUUACACCGAUGUUGUCCAGUGUGCAUGUAGGAAAGCAGACUGUGUGUUCAUAGAAUAAAACGACUGGUAUAUGUGGUACAACGAAGACACACUGUUAGACCAGUCCCUGUUAUAAUUAUACUUUGAGAAUUUUUUCUGACACAAAUUAAAUUAUUCUUUAAAUCGUAAUUCCUAUACAAUUGCAUAAAUAAAAUAUAAAAAUGUAAUAAGGUAUGAUAAGAGAAUAUAAGCAACUAGCGAAGGUUGAUAUAUGUCACGUGUCAGCACUAUAUGAGCCAUGCAAUAAAUGUAGUAUAUACAGCACUAUAAAAUGAAGGCAGAAAAUUGAUUUGCACAGGGAAAAUUUAUGGUUUCUACACAUUUCUAAUGGUAAUAAAUACAUUUUCGUCAAUGCUGAUAUAUUAAUAUAUAUUCUAUUAAAAUGAUAAAA